CACAGCCCUGGCGUGUUCUCUUCUGCGACAUAAACCUUCUUAUCCAGCGGCCCUCCGCCGUUUCACACCGUGCUCACUCAGAAUGCGAAAUCGCGAAGCAUCGCCCUGGUUCAGAUGUUAUUGAUUGCCUUCAUCGGCUUACAUUCGCAGAGCUACGGUGCGCAAACAUGGCCUUGCAAUGUUGGCACUUCCGCCAAGGUCAGGCAGGACAUGCUGGAAAUACCUCUCGAGCUCUUUUCCACAUUAGAUAGACAGCGCGCCAUAUCAUACCUACUAGGAGCGAAUCGACGACAUCUACCGCACGAGGUUUUUGCAUGCCCUCCGGAGCUCAUCUGGCCCCCCGGUGACCUUCGUUCAGGUGUCACAGCGCUUGGCGACUGCGCUCACGUGCUCGAGCGGACUUCGUAAUGCGCACAGACGCUUAGUCGCACCGCGUGUAUAGAAUGUCCGCAAC